AUGAUUACAGAGGCGUCGAGGCAUUCGGUUCGCCUUAUCAAUUAUCUGUAUCACAACUGGGACGAAGGUGUGGAGCUGUACUCCAUCAAUGUCCCUCUGCAGCCUGCCACAACUGCUGCGGGAAAGAGGAAAGUCAUGUAUUCUCGGAUCCGGCCCAAUCGGUGGCUAUCGGAGAGCCCGUUCCGGGAGGUUUCAUCCGGGGAUGCGACUACUGCGCUGGAUGACAAUGACAAGAUCCAAUCUCCUCCGCUGCUGCGAUGGGAGCCGGAUUUGGCUGAUAUUCAUGGAAGCACGGACCGCACAUCGGAUAUGGAUGAUGACUGGAUGGUGCGUGGUGGGAAAACCAGUGUGACUCCGCUCAAGGCGAAUUUCAUGCACGCUGUCCAGGCUGAGGGCGAAAUUGAGCUAGAUGCUUAG